AUGGAUAACUAUAAGGGUGAUGCUCUUAAAUUAGCCCCGAGACAACAAUCUGUUUUGGAGGCCAUUUAUGAGGAUGCUUCCAACACGGAAAGCUGUGGAGAUCAACUUGAACAGUAUUGUUCAUUGGAAGUAAUCAGUGACUCAGGAACAGCCGAAAAAGCUGAUGAGGGACCUAUUGAUAUGACUGGCUUAUUCAGACAGGAGAAAUGUAUCCUCACCACUCUCUCAAAUUUCGAUCCACUAGAAGAUGAAUAUUCCUCUUUAGCUGCCACUUUGAUUAAUUACCGUCUACCUCGUAACGGCAGGGCAAACAUCAAACUCGUUGUUUCGGACCAGCGUCUUGCUGAAGAGUAUUCUAGUGCAUUGGCUGACCUUGCGAAAGCUGCCGAGGGACCAGACAUGGUUCACUUUCGAGAGCGUCUUGAGGAUUUUCGUGCUCGGCUUCGUCGGGAUGUUGGCCGAAGCGUUAAAGUAGCUCGUGGUGAAUGGGAAGCCUGGAGGGCUAAAUCGGCUCGCAGCGUAGCUACUUUGCGAAACCAAAGUUCCGCAGCUGCCCAAAAAAUGCGUGCAGGGCUUUCACAUGGUGUUGAACAAAUGAAGGAUGGAAUGCGUAGCAUGGCAGAACUUUGUGGAGCAACAGGAACUAUUGGACAGACAAUAUCUGUGGUUAGUGUCUAUGUUGACGAAGCAGACCAAAUAAAAAAAGAAAGAGUUAUUUCUGACUUUGUCUUCUAA